AUGGCUUUACCCAGCCUGAGAGCAGCAACAUGCCACAUCUCACCCCACAUUUUCUCUGCUGCUCGCACAACUCAGAAGACCAUUCAAUGCAUUAACAUUGCUGCCAGACAAUCCGCGAAUCUUGUCGUGUUUCCCGAAGCAUCAAUCCCUGCGUUUCCACUAUGGUCAUCACUCCUCCCGCCGACGCACACCAAUCAUUUCUUCCGACGGAUGGUGCAGGAGUCGGUCUAUGUUGACGGCGAAGAGAUCUCUGCCAUCCGUCAAGCAGCCCGCGACAAUCAUGUAGUGAUCAGUCUGGGAGUGUCUGAGAAGGUGCGGUACAGCGCGGGCACUCUUUUCAACACCAAUAUCAUCAUCGGCGAGGAUGGCGAGAUUCUGGUGCACCAUCGCAAAUUGAUGCCUACAUUCUUUGAGAAGUUGACCUGGGCUCCUGGCGAUGGCUAUGGUCUACGCGUGGCACAGACCCGGUACGGCAAGAUUGGAGCCCUGAUCUGUGGUGAGAACACCAACCCACUAGCCAGAUAUACCCUCAUGGCACAGGGAGAGCAAAUUCACAUUUCCACCUGGCCUGCCAUCUGGCCUACCCGAGUGAUGGUCGAGAAUACCGGCAAUCAAGACAAUCCUGUAAGCACAACGGGUCGCAAUUAUGACAACAUUGCGGCAAAUCACACGCGAGCAGCCGCUCACUGCUUUGAGGCCAAAUGCUUCGGGAUCAUGAGUGCAGGCUAUCUUGAUGAUGCUGCCAUGGCUGACAUUGCCGCGAUGACAGAGGCACCAGAGGAUAUGCACAGGAAGCUAGCAAGCUAUCCACAAGGAGCAAGUCAAUUCCUGGAUCCGACAGGCAAGGUUGUCCAGGGAGGUUUCGCCAUGGAGCUCACCCAAGACCAACGCCUAGAUGUCCAAAACAUGGUCACGAACAGGGAAGCAAUUCUAUUUGCGGAUCUCGACCUGAAUGAAUGUAUAGAAGGCAAGCAGUACCAUGAUGUUGUUGGCGGAUAUCAGAGAUUUGACGUUUUCUCGUUGCAAGUAAAUCGUCAGCGUCAUGAGCCUGUACAAUUCCAUGACGGGAACGAGAAUGGAUCGAGCCUGAGGAGCAGCAGCCUUGGGAACGAUGAGCAGAAAAGUUCCGGCGGGAAAGGAAGGGAAGGGUCGGAGUGA